GGUAGGUAUGCAACCCCAUUUGAUUUGAUUAUCAAUUUAUCUCACCUAACCACUUUUCAUUUAUCUAUAUAAACAAUCAUCAUCACUGGGAUAGUUAUUUUAGCAAUGGCAGAACAGAACCCACAGCUCUUCGAGCUCAACAAUGGCACAAUGAAGCUCAUCGUCUCCAACUAUGGCUGCACUAUCACCUCCUUAUUCAUCCCUGAUAAACACGGUAAUUUGAGCGAUGUUGUUCUUGGAUUUGACACUCUCGAACCCUAUCUGAAUCGUGUGGCACCCUACUUUGGUUGCAUUGUUGGAAGAGUUGCAAACAGGACUAAAGAGGGGAAGUUCACACUCAAUGGGAUCGAGUAUACUCUGCCAAUUAACAACGGUCCAAACAGUCUUCAUGGUGGGCUUAAAGGAUUUGACAAGGUUGUUUGGGAAGUCGCUGAACAUAAACAGGGUGACAAUCCAUCAAUAACCUUUAAAUAUCGCGCUCGUGAUGGGGAAGAAGGUUACCCUGGAGAUCUUUCGGUCACUGCAACUUACACUCUCACGUCGAAAACCACAUUAAGGCUUGACAUGGAAGCGGUUCCAGAAAACAAACCGACCCCGGUUAGUUUAGCUCAACACACCUACUGGAACCUAGCAGGCCAUAACUCGGGUACCAUUCUCGACCAUACAGCACAGAUAUUUGCAAAACACAUCACGCCCGUUGACCAAACGCAAAUCCCAACUGGCGAAAUUAAGCCGGUAGAAGGAACUCCGUUCGAUUUCACCACCGAGAAGAAAAUCGGUACCUCAAUCCACGAGGUCGGUAUUGGGUACGACCACAACUACGUGCUUGAUUGCGGGGAAGAAAAGGCAGGAUUAAAACAUGCUGUAAAACUUAAGGACCCGGUUAGCUCACGGGUUCUUAAUCUGUGGACCAAUGCCCCGGGAUUGCAGUUUUACACGGCUAAUUAUGUGAACGGGAUUGUUGGUAAAGGGGGAGCGGUGUAUGGAAAGCACAGCGCGGUGUGUAUGGAGACGCAGGGGUUUCCGAACGCGAUUAACCAACCGAAUUUUCCGUCGGUUGUGGUUCAGCCUGGUGGCAAGUAUGAGCAUAGUAUGGUCUAUGAGUUCUCUGUUGAGUAAAGGUGUUUUGUAUUUAUGUUUAGAAAGUAGAUGAGAAUAAGUUGGUGAACUUUAUGUAAUGUUUGACCAUCAUCUAUGUUUUUGAGCUUUUUGAUAAUUGAAGUGUUUGUUUUUGUAAA